AUGGCUCUUAAAUUUGUUGAUGAUAUUGAUGGGAAUGGAUUUGAUGAUGAGCUUUCUGUUACAGAGAUUGCAUAUCUUGCCAAGAACUUUAGAAACUUUCUUAGGAACAAUAACAGAAGGGGAUUAGCUUUUCGUUGUCACGAUGAAUCUCAAGGUUCAAGUGAUAAAGAAAAUUUCUUUGAGCUUCUACAAUUUUUGGCGGAUCACAAUGAAUUUAUCAAUGAAGUGUUGCAAAAAGUUCUCAAAAAUUGCAAGCUUACCCACCGUGAAAUUCAAAAAGACAUUGUGAAUGCAAUUGCAUGUAAAACAUCCAAAGCCAUCAUCAAGGAUCUUGACAAUGAGUUCUUUUCAAUAUUAGUUGAUGAGUCACGUGAUAUCUUAGUAAAAGAGCAAAUGGUCAUCGUUCUUCGUUAUGUGAACAAAAAAUGA